AUGUCUCGAAGCCAGAUUUAUUACUCGAACAGGUACAGUGACGACCAGUACGAAUACAGGCAUGUCGUUCUACCUCGGGAAAUGGCUAAGUAUGUCCCAAAAUCCCACUUGAUGUCUGAAGAUGAGUGGAGACAGCUGGGAGUGCAGCAGUCCAAAAGUUGGAUCCACUACAUGAUACACGAACCAGGGACUUGCAAUUAG